AUGCGGGAGGCCAGAAGCGCCGAGUUGACGGAAAUGGCAACAAUAAAAGGAAAAACGGAAUCCGAGUUGGAAAGAGAAAUCGAAGAGACCAAAGAAGAGCUUACCAAGAGCAAAGCCGACAGAAGAAGAGUUCAGCAAGAACUGCGGCAAGUGGCUUCGAACGCCGUGGAGGGCUCUGCGUCCCAGGCCGACGUUUUGUUUCUCAAACAUGACGUGCAGCUGGCUGACGAGAAGAUUACAAUUUAUUUGGACAAGUUGACGCGUUUGGAGCAGAAGCUUUCGCGGCUGCGGAGCCAGCAGCAGCAGCAGCAGCAGCAGCAGCAGCAGGAGGAGCAGCAGCAGCAGGAGGAGGAGGAGCAGCAGCAAGCAGCAGCAGCAGCAGAGGAAGAGGAAGAGGCCGAGGAGGAGGAGGAGGAGCGGGACUUCGAGAAACGCAAAAAGACAAAAAAACAAAAAAAGAAAUCUAGAAGACUUCAGGAAAAAACUCCAAAACAAAAAGACAGGAAAAAUAAAACUGCAGCAAAACCCGCCAAGAAAAUCGAAAAAGCCAAACCCGCAGCAGCAACACAAAAGAAAAGUGCAGCAGAGAAGAAAAGCAAGAAGCAGCCUUUCUUCGCCCAAAUAGAAGAAGCGCAGGGACAGCAGCUGCUCCCGCAGCAGCAGCAGCAGCAGCAGCAGCAGCCCCAGCCGCAACCGCAGCAACUCCAGCAGCAGACGCAGCCGCAGCCGCAACAGCAGCAGACGCAGCAGCAGCCGCAACAACCGCAGCAGCAGCAGCAGACGGUCACUCCCCCCCAGCUGCAGCAGCAGCAGCAGACCACCACUCCUCCGCAGCUGCAGCAGCAGCAACAGCAGCAGCAGACCCUCACUCCCCAGCAGGCGCAGCAGCAGAUAGAGUACCAGUACCACCUGCAGCAGAUGCAGCUCGAGACGCAGCGGCAGCAGCAGCAGCAGCUGCUGGCCCAAGCAGCAAAUAUCCCAACAGAAAAAGCCCCCUCCAGCUGGUUCUCGAAGCGCCGCAGGAAUGCAGAGUAA